CAGGUGAAUGUGGAGACAUCACAAUCAAGGCAGGACAGUGCAGACCCUAACUCGGGGGGACCCCACCAGGGCGGCAGGGAUCCAGGGCACCAUGGGGUCCCUCCUCACGAGCAAACCCAGGAACCUGCCUUUCAGGGAGUGGAGGGAGAGGUCUGGGAAGCAGAAGACUUGGUGUGCACUGAGCGCUGCCACUCACCUGCCCUGCCUGUCACGUGCCCAGGUGUGACGGAGGCGAGGCGCUGCUUGGCGCUAAUAACUACAGCCUUUGAAGUCCAUGAGCAAAACACGAACUUCAGGGCCACAGGGCAGAGUGACUAAAGCCCACAAGGAAAACACAUUCCUUUCUCUUUUAUGUGUUAGAAAUAUUUAAAGGGAAAGUCAUCAGAAUCCAAUCCAACGUCUAGAUUCGGUGAGAAUAAACAAUACAAAAAAAAAGGAAAACCAUUUGUGGUGUGUGUGCAUGUAUAUGUAUGAGGUGAGGGGCUACCAAAAACACCAUUAGUCAAUGCUAAAUCCUUACUUAAUUGGCCAGGAAAUUAACAAGGAAGUGACCCUGUGCCCUGGGGGUCACCAGCACCUGGCCAGGGUAUAUAAGGAACCCCCACGGGAGGAAGGCAUUCACACCUGAGAACACCCAGCUCCUCUCACCAGCCCACCCAGCCCAGACCCAGACGCCACCAUGACCGGCUCCUGCUGCGGCUCCACCUGCUCCUCAGUCUGUGGGGGCGGCUGCUGCCAGCCCUGCUGCCAGCCCUGCUGCUGCCGCGACCCCUGCUGCUGCCGCCCCUGCAGCUGCCAGACCACAGUGUGCCGCCCCGUGACCUGUGUGCCCCACUGCACACGCCCCAUCUGCGAGCCCUGCCGCCGCCCCAUCUGCUGUGACCCCUGUGGGCUGCAGGAGGGCUGCUGCCGCCCCAUCGCCUGCUGCCCCACGUCCUGCACGGCCGUGGUCUGCCGGCCCUGCUGCUGGGCCUCCACCUGCUGCCAGCCCAUCUGUGUGCAGGCGCCCUGCUGCCGGCCCCCCUGCUGCCAGCCCGCCCCCUGCCGCACCACCUGCAGGACCUCCCCGUGCUGCUGCUGCUGAGACCCAAGGUCCCCACAGAUCCAUACACUGGAGCCCAAGCACCUGUUCUGCAUUUUAAUCAAGUUGAAAGAAAAAUACAUUUCUUUCCCAUAAAGUGACAAUAGACAUUUUUUUUUCAUCCUACUAUUUGGAUACACAAGCUCCAUCUCCACCUUGAGCCAGAUUCCCGGGUGUUCCCAUUAGCAGAACUCACCAUGAAGGGCAAGCCCACCUCUAAAAGUCCCUGGGGGGAACCUGGCAAACCCACCCUGAACUCUGGAGGCUGCUCAAGCCUCCCCGUCAUCGUUUAUAAUGUGCUGCUCACUUGUUUUCAAUAAACUCAUUCUUCCUGUAAACCAUCCUGCUACCUGAUUCAUGUUUUA